AUGGAUGAAGAUAUUCCUGCUGACCUUCACGAUUUUGAAAACAUCAAUGAAGAAGCUCAGGAAGGCGUUACGAUUGUUGAGGUAAGUUUUUUUAUUAAUGUGCGUGCGAUUUUAAGGUAUUAAAUGAAAUGAAGAAGGUAUGGGAAUUUGAAAGGGUCAGCCCUCUACUUCUUCCUCAUCGAUUAGAGCUGGUCGAUGUAUUAGUGAAUGAAUUAGACAAGCUGGAGAAAGGGAUGGCUGAGGCGAAGAAGGCCGGAGUUGCUGGAAAGAAUGAGAUUGUGGGGGCAAGAAAGUAUGAGGUCGCGAGGGUUCGAUACAUCAUUAACUCAUAUCUAAGGUACCAUUUGUUUCUAUUUCUAACAAAAUCCCUCAUCGUUCUCAUUAUGUUGCUUUAGAUGCCGACUCCAGAAGAUCGAGCGAAAUCCAGCGGAUGUAAUGGCCAGACAUUUGGAGGCCAAUGAAAAGGGACAUGCAGAUCUCCUUGAUGCUCAUGAAGUCACCUUCACCGAGAAUAUUGUCAGAUCCAAUUGCAAUUAUUUCAAUCAAAGUUUUCUCGGUCUUUUGCCCCCAGGGUUGGAUAAGCCGGUCGUCUCCAAGGAUCGAUCCGAGUUGAAACGAUGUUUUGUGAAGGUGCAUAAGCAUGUAAACGUGAAUAUUUUCAAGAUGGACGAUCCUAACUCUGACAAUGCGGUAAUUUUGGAGACCGGUACCACCCAUUACCUUCCGUUUUAUUCCAUUUCAGAGCAUCUCAAUGAUGAUUCGGUAG